AUGGUGGAGGUACGGCGAUUUCCUUUCGCUAUUAAAAAUGUUACUGAAGAGGAAGACGCAUUAACAAAAAAAUAUUACAAAGGGUACGUCCGAGCUUUUGUCCGAAUCAGGCCACAUGGCUAUUUGUGGCCUGCCAGUUUCGGAUACAAAACAGAAGAAAUUUACAAUUUGGAGGUUCAACCUGAUGACAAUCAGGAUAACAAGCUACUCUAG